AGCUCCUUUCUCAGCGAACACGAGUGCCAUUUCAAAGCUUAUUGGAUGAAAGUCUCAUUUGCCCUUGGCUGCCAAAGAUGACGUUUCCAUGGAAACAGCUGCUAUUGUUAUCAAUCAUCGACUGUCUGGCAGAUUGCUUGGACAGCGGUUCGUUCCAUGGUCCCAAAUGGAGGAUGGAACCAGGUGACCUGUUCAUUCCUGUCGAUUCUAUAGAGGAGGAGGCCACGCUGACCUGUGAUGCUAAAGGAUCACCGCCUCCUCAGUACAGAUGGUCACUGAAUGGGACUCUCAUAAAUCUGAGCCUGGAUCGCCGGCGGCGCCUGUCUGGGGGCAACCUCAUCAUAAGGAGUCUGGACCGUUACCAGGACGUCGGGAUGUACCAAUGCAUGGCUUACAACACCGUCGGAGCGAUCCUCAGCAGGAGGGCCAGUCUGCAGUUUGCCUAUUUGGAUCAUUUCAAAGUCCACACCAGAAGCGCUGUGUCAGUCCGCGAGGGACAAGGAGUCGUGUUACUUUGUGGAACGCCCACAUCCUCAGGAGACCUUACGUAUGCGUGGAUCUUCAACGAGUAUCCAUAUUUUGUUCAGCAAGACAAUCGGCGCUUCGUGUCUCAGCAGACGGGAAACCUCUACAUCGCCAAAGUGGAACCGUCGGAUGUGGGCAACUACACCUGCGUCGUGAUGAACGGCAUCACAAAAGGAAGAGUUCAGAGCUCACCGACGUCUCUGGUCCUCAGGACUGAUGGAGUGAUGGGUGAAUACGAGCCAAAAAUAGAAGUUAAUUUCCCAGACAAUGUCGCCGCCGCGAAAGGAUCAACAGUGACGCUGGAGUGUUUCGCCCUUGGGAACCCGGUGCCAGAGAUCACCUGGAAGAGGGCUAACGGCGUUCCCUUCCCCAGCAAAGUCAAAAUGAAGUAUUCCAACGCUGUGCUGGAGAUUCCGAGUUUCCAGCAGGACGACACCGGAGGCUACGAGUGUGUGGCUGAAAAUAAAAUGGGCAAGAACACGGCAACCGGUCGAGUUGCUUUCUACGCCAAGCCUCAGUGGAUCCAGACUAUGAAGGACACAGCCUUGGCCAUAGAGGAGAGGCUGUACUGGGAAUGUCGAGCAAAUGGCAAACCCAAACCCUCCUACACGUGGCUGAAGAACGGCCAACAGCUAGUCUCAGAGGACAGGAUCCACGUGGAGGACGGCGUCCUGUCGGUGUCCAUCCUGACCCUCUCUGACGCCGGCAUGUACCAGUGUGUGGCUGAGAACAAACACGGUGUCAUAUAUUUUGCUGCUGAACUAAUGGUUUUAGCCUCUCCUCCAGACUUCACAGGAAACGUUCUCAGAGCUCUGCUCAAAGCCAAGGCAGGCACCACGGUGACUUUAGAGUGUAAACCCCAGGCCUAUCCCAUCGCCAGCAUUUUAUGGAAGAAAGGAAACCUGCCGAUCCACACCAAUGACAGGGUGAUACUUUCUCCAGAUGGAACGCUGAGGCUCGCCAAUGUGAGCAAAUCUGACGCAGGCAGCUAUACAUGCUUCGCCAGGAAUAGAUUUGGCAUGUCCAGUACGACUGGAAGGCUCCUCGUUACUGAUCCAACCAGAAUCACCCAGGGGCCAGCGGACAUGGAGAUCAUUGUGGGUGAGAGCAUCGUGUUACCCUGUCAGGUUGCCAGUGACCCUGUUCUUGAUGUUUCCUUCUCCUGGGCCUUUAACGGACAGCUCAUCACCAAGGGCGAUGGUCACUUUGAGCUUGUGGGUGGGAGAACAGCAGGCGAUCUGAUGAUCAGAAACAUUCAGCUUUACCACACCGGGAAAUAUAUCUGUGUGGUGGACACCGACGUGGAGAGCCUGUCAGCGGUGGCUGUGUUGAUCGUGAAAGGCUCCCCCAGCCCUCCAGACUCGGUGACAGUGGAGGAGGUGACAGAGAGCACGGCCCAGCUAGCCUGGAGCCCCAGCAGAGACAACGGCAGCCCCAUCAGCCAUUACCUCAUCCAAACCAGGACCGCCUUCACUGUGGGCUGGCAGAAGGUUAACACAGUGCCCGAGGUAAUUGAUGGGAACACACGCACAGCAACUGUGGUGGACCUGAAUGCCUGGGUGGAGUAUGAGUUUCGGGUUCUCGCCAAAAACAGUGUUGGAGUGGGAGAACCCAGUUCUGUGUCAGUCAAGACCAGAACAGAGGAUGCAGUUCCUGACGUUGCGCCGGGUGACGUGGGCGGAGGGGGAGGCAGCAGAUCUGAACUGGUCAUCACAUGGGAGCCCGUUCCUGAAGAACUGCAGAAUGGUGAGAGCUUCGGUUACAUCAUCGCUUUCCGCUCCUUCGGAGAAGUCAGCUGGACCCACGUGGCCACGUCUGCCCCGGGCGCAUCCCGCUACGUGUACCGCAACGACAGCAUCGCACCCUUCUCCCCGUUUCACGUCAAGGUCGGCACUUAUAACAGCAAAGGUCAGGGUCCGUUCAGCCCUGUGGUCACCAUCUACUCUGCAGAAAUAGAACCAAGUGGGAUGCCGGCUGGAGUUUGGACCAGAAGUGUCUCCGCCUGGGAGAUUGAGGUGAAUUGGCAGGCGCUCUCUUUCACUCCUGAAAGAGUUCUGGGCUAUGAGGUGGUGUACUGGGAAGACGACACUAAACCGGAGACCAUGGGGAAGGUUAGGGUGCCUUGGAACCAAACCUCAGUCAUGGUGUGCGGCCUGGCAGGAAGCACGCAGUAUUUUCUGACGGUCAGCGCCUUCAACACGGCGGGCACGGGGCCGUUCCUCCCCGCGAUCAACGUCACCACAAAAAAGCCACCACCGGCUCAGCCGCCGCUGAAUGUGGAGUGGACCCUGAUAGGCUCUCACCUGUCUCUUUACUGGGAACCAGUGGUGGCAAUGGAGUCAGAGUCAGAAGUUGCUGGUUACCAACUGUCAUACAGGCGACAGAGACACAAAGAGGUGAACAUGCUCAAAACAGCCAAUUCCAGCGCAGAGCUGACGCUUCCCGAGGACGACGACUACAUCAUUCACAUCCGGACUCUGAGCGAGGGAGGCCUGGGUCCGGCAUCCGACCCCAUAAGAAUUCACCAGCUAAGUAUGAGCGUCCGCAGCUCGAGAGCUUUGAGUCUGGACACCUCCCCCCUCACACUUCUCUUCGCCGCCAUAAUGUCAACUUUCAGGUCGAUGUCGUGA